AUGGGGAAAAAAUCCACGCGAUUCUACAGUGACUACGAUUUCCCCUACAUAGUUGGAAUAGCAAGAGGUGUUCAAUUCUUAUGUUGCGUUUCCCAGAUUCUUAUGAUUUAUUGCGAGUCUGGAAGUAUAGACAUGAUCUCAUUUCUUCUUUAUAACAUCGUAUGCGCUAUGUACACUAUGCAUAUUUUUAGACGAUGGUACUAUAACAUCGAUGGACGAUUUGAUCUACGCCAACUAAUUCGUGAACCUGAAAAUACAGUAAAAUUGCAGUAUUCAAUAGGUAAGAGUCAAUAGUU